AAGAAAUGAAAAAAAGCGUCGCGAGCGGACGUGAGGCAAUACCAGGUGGGUUUUUCGAAAUUGCAACAUUCAGCGGUCAACCAAUGACGCCAGCGAAACCAUUGAAAGAUACAUCAGUGUUUCUGGUGUCGACUUACCAGGGUGAAAACAUUGACGUCAGUGAGAUGGAGUCAAGCUGGAAAGAAUGGUCUGGAGCAAGUCUGAUCAAAGAACAGUCACCUAAAGAAGCCGGUUUUCAUGACAUUGCUUUGUACAAACCGUUCACCAACAGCCCUUUCCUGUACGUUACACGUGCAGAGUUCACAGAUUUGGAGAAAGGUUCGAAGUUUGCCUCUCAACUACUGGAUGCAGUAAGAAAUAAUGCUUUGCCGAAUGGUGUGACUGCGAACAGCGACUUCUACUGUGUGAUUCCGGAAAGCAUUCUGGACAAGACUGAGUAGAUGGCUUAUACGUAAUAACAACAUAUUUAGUGUUUGUAAUAUUAUAUAUGCAAGUACAAAUAAAAUUCGUUGAUUAGAAUACAGAUUAUUUUAACAUUUUUGAUCACAUACAAUGUAGAUACACAAGAAAUAUAGGAUAUUUAAUUUACGUACAGUAGAAUUUUAAAUAACUAUGUUGACAAUCCCUAUAAAUUAAAGAAUAUCACACAUCACGCUGAUCAGGGAAACGCCACCAUCAAGUGUAGAACAAAGCAAACACUAUCUUGCUGCAAAGGUUGUAAGUCAUCUUGAACCGCUCCAACCUUUGAAUUUUAUUGGGGGAGUAUGUAAGACUAUGAAAGAAACGUUACUUAGCUGUCUGUUUUGAGAAAUAAAGCUCGACUAUCUGUAAUUAA